GCAUCUUGUGGUGAGAAUACAUUGCUGUGAUAUAUUUUUAUAUCUAAUACGUAGAUAUUUAUUGUUCUAAGAAUUAACUGAUAAAAGUAAUAAUACUAGAAAAGUCGAUUAUAAUGAUGAAACGUUUCACUUUGUGUGAUCUCAUCGUUACUUGACUGCGUGUGUGCCUCGGAUAUUUGAAAGUAUGUACCUAAGAAAAUCUAGCCUAUAUUAUUUUGUUUAAAUAAUAAUUUGAGAGCAUACAGUAAUUAAUCGUUGUUCACCAAAAAUGAAGGUUUGCAGUUAUAAAUAGAUAUGACGUGAGAAAAAAAAAGAGGGUGAGGAUCAAAAAAGCAGUUCAAAAAAUAGUUAAGGAAAAGAAAAGAAUCGCAAACAUGGACACGGCGAAGACACCCAUGGACAGCAUUCUUCAAAAAUUGGCUGGUCUCAGUUCAGGCCAUGAAAAAGCUCUCAAGCAGGGCAUUUACAAUGCAGUUGCCCUGUUACUCCUGUGCAUUGUAUGCUCUGCAGGGUAUGGUCUUUAUAUUGUGCUUGGUCCUUUCUUGAAGCCACUGAUAUGGGCUCUGUUGUGUGGUGCAGUACUCUUUCCCAUCAAGUCUUCUCUGGCAACAGUCGUGCAUUCUUGGUUCAGCACAACCCAAGAGUCACACAAGCCCUUUUUGUUAAGUCUAGCACUAGUUCCUAUUAACAUUUUUGAUACAACCUCCGAGCUGAUUGGUUUGGUUUUACAAAAUCAUCUGAGAUAUAUUUUGUGUGCUUUUAUGUCGUUUACUACUUUGUUAACGAUUUACAAUUACACUCCAACUAUUCUCAGUUAUUCGAUAUGGAAGUUGGUGGCAGCCUUCAAUACUAUGCUUGAUUUUUUCAUAUCAGUAUGUAACAUUUAUGUGAUAAGCCUUGUUAUAAUAGGAUACUUUUCACUCCUAUAUAUGUACUGGACUCCUGAAAAUAGCUCUCGAUUUCGUAAAAGCUCUUAUGUAGUUUGGUUCUUCAUCAGUUUGUAUCUUUCAAAUGCUAUGGGAGCAUAUCCAACAUUGACAUUUUGUGGUCUACAAGUGCUAUAUUCAAUUGGAUUUAUACAUGAAAUCAUAGUAUUGUUAAAUGAUCCAGAGGUAAAAGCUAGAAAAUUAUCACUUACAGAUGUUUUCAAGCAAGUAUUAACAAAUGGUGAAGUAAGGACAUCGAAUGAUAGAGAGAUGCCAGUAUUAUUAGAGGAUGAAUUUUUGAUGGAGGAAAAUGAACAAAUUGAGCAAAGUGAUAAAGAAAAAUCAACAACAUUGCCUCCAAAACCUUUUCUCAAAACAACUGGAAGAUCUAUGUCAAUGAUUACUGAUGUGGGUGGGAAAGCUUUGUACGACCAACCCACUAAACGUGUAAAAUCGGCAAGUGACGUUUUGACCAACAAAAUAUCGAUAGCCGAUCGUUAUUUAUUAAGUAAGUUGCGCUCAGAGAUGAAAAUGUCAAUAGACUUUGAUGAUACUGCUGUUGAUACUGAUAAGUACAUGUAUGGAGCAAUGUACGCCUGUCUUCUGAUGAUCCUAUGGAAGCACAAAUGGAUUGUAGCUAUACUCAUUGUCCCAUUAGCGUAUUAUUAUUUAAAGAAAUUGAAUUCUUACUUUGGGAUCGGUAAUAUGAUAUCAAAUCAAUUUCUCUCGAUGACGAAUCCGAUUACAUCCUGGUGUCAGGAGCGACACCAAGCAUUGAUACCUGUUAGCAUUAAAGGCUUGUAUAACGUCAGUAUUAUUGUUGACCAGAAAGUAACUCACACUUUGAAGGGAUCCGUUGAUGCAAUGUCAACAACUGCAGUCAUUGUUGCACUCAUAAUUUUUGUCAUAUGUACAAUGAUUUUUAUAACCGUUCAAGUUUACACAGAAGGAGUGCAUCUUGUCAAAGUAAGUGGAGAGAUUUUAAACUCUACUUUAAUGAAUAAUCCUGACAUUGAUUGGGUUCCACAACAGCUGGAAGAAUCUGUAAAUAGUGUCUUGGAUAGUAUUUAUAUGCAUGGAAGAUCUGCUAUUUCAAACGGAAUAGAAAAACUUGUCAAAGAUUUAGAUCCUGUGAAAGCCGAGCACGUUGAAAAAAAGUUUUUAGAACUCUGGGAUAGGUUGUAUCAGGCAUGGAUGAUGUCAAAUGAUAAUCCAGAUUUAAUUGGACCAACUGUUAAUGCAAAUGUAGCUUUUUCUGCUUGGGAGAGCUUAAAAGACGGAUUUGGAAAAACACCUUUACAACUCUUCAACAUGAAUAGUAUCCAAAAUUUUGUCAAAGAAAACAUUGGUAUAUUUAUGUCAGUGUUGGAUUCUGUUUGGAGUAUAGUCAAAGGAAACAUAACAGUUGUACUUGGCAUGAUUACCGAAUUGAUUUACAUUGUUUUUAUUAGUGGAUCAGCGUUACUUAACUUCACAUUGAGUACAAUUGUAUUCUUCACUGCAUUAUUUUAUUUGCUCAGUUCAAGUGACAGAGUAUACAAGCCAAUCGAAUUGAUCACUAAUUUGAGCCCCAUAAGCUGCUACAGACCUGACGAAAAAGGAUUUGCUGUGGCUUUGCAAGAAUCUGUGAUCGGAGUAUUUAAAGUCACGUUUAAAUUGGCUUCCUUUUUCGGCAUGUGGACUUGGUUUAUUCACAACUUAUUUCAAGUAAAAAUCAUCUAUUUGCCGACGGUUUUCGCAACUUUAUUAGGAGCCGUGCCGUUUAUCGAUGUCUCAAUAGUUUGCAUUCCUGCAACGAUCGAACUGUGGUUCACGCAAGGCGCUCUCAUCGCCCUUGUUUUUUUCUUACUGCAUUUCUCUGUCUUUACCUGGGCUAUCACGGACUUUUACAUGGAAAUAAAAGGAGGUGGACAUCCAUACCUCACUGGAUUAUCAAUAGCAGGGGGUAUAUUCUGUUUAGGUAUCGAAGGUGCGAUAUUUGGCCCUCUGCUUUUGUGUUGUAUCAUGGUGGUGAUCAAUUUGAGCAGAAAAUACCUUCAAUCUCCAACUAAAGAGGCAAUUAAUACGAUUAAUUCACAAAUCGAUAAUUUCGAAUGUUAGUAAGUAACAACUAAAGAAAAUUUUUUUCUACUGAUAUAGAUAUAUAUGCUAAAUUCAGAGGUAAAAUUUUAAAAAUUUACAUGAAGAACUAACAUGAAAAGUGCGCUUGUGCCUUCCGCCCGUUUUGGCUGUAAUUAACAUUAUAAUAAGUAUGUGAGAAAUUUUAUAUUUUAAGCAUAUACGUUCGAAUUUUAAUCAAGGCGAGAGCCGUUCUUCUCAAGAUUAACGCUUAAUAAGUGCACAAUGAACCUGUGAUUUUUAUAACUCAAAGCCAAUCAAUGAAACUAAAAAGUCAAGUAAUAAUUUUCUUACUAUAGAAUACAGAUACUGACCACUGUAAAAAAAGUAUUUUUUAAAUUUAUUUUUCGAAUGAGUAUUUAACAAUUUAUACAUAUUUAUUUAUUAAAGAGAUAAAACAUUCGACUGUUGAUCAGUUUGAAUAAAAAAAAAAAAA